AGAAUUUUAAAGUAAAAAAGUUUAGGUAUUCAGCAAGACAACAACUACACAAUACUGAUUUGUACUUCCUUCCUCAUAUUUAUGUACUUGCAGAAAGAUAUAAAAGAAUGGAACCAUUCAUUUCUCCAGAAAUGGAUGACUUUUUUUUACAUGAUGUUAUGUAUGGCAGUUCUGACAGUGAAGAAGAAAUUAUUUGUAUUUCCUGUGCGAGAGGACGGUUACGUCAGUCUGUUAUGAUGCCAAGACUUCCAAGUUAUAAAGUCAUUCAUAAAAAGAAGGUUGACUUUCAAAGGCAUUUGGGAGUGGCAGAAAGUGAAAUAAAGAAGAGAUCGCUAGGAAGAGGCAGAGCUAAAUGUAGACAGAUUGUAUCACAGAAUGUUCCUCCUGUUGGAAGGAGUGUAGAUUCAGCAUCUGAAAGUAGUGCAGAUGAAAGAAUAUAUCAUGUUGGCUUAUCACAUAGAAGUCCCAGCUGGAAAAAUGAAUUAAGGAAACCAAAGUCAAAACCUCUUAUUCUGACAUCAGAUUUUCCACAUUUGUCUGCAAAAUCUGAAAGUGAACAACAAACUCUUGAAGAAACAAGAAAAACUGUGGAUACCAAAAAUGGAACAAAUUUUAAAGAUAUGGCCAAAUUUCUCAUGGACUCUUGGAAGGACGAAUUUACUGAAGAGGCUCAGUUUGAAGAUGUAUCAUUUAAAGAUGACAGUUUAGAAAUGGACAGUAAUUCAUACAAGGAAAAUAAUAAAAAAAAAGAAGAUUAUCUGGAAAAUAAACAAAAUAUUGAAAUGAUCUCAGAUUUAAGACAGAAAACUGAUGAAUAUUUUAACAAACUUGAAGCAGAAAUGGACAACUUGAGUUUAGAGGAUUUUGAAAACAUUUCAGUAUCUGAAGCAUCUAACCGAGGAUUUUCUCAAAGUGCAAAAGAACCAGUUCCACCUUUAGUUGUAGAGGCUAAAGCACAAGGUGGAAUUUGGUAUUCUAGUGAUGAAAUUUACGUUUCUAACAGUAAAAAUGAUGAAACUUGGACAGAUUCUGAUGAUACAGAUGUGUCAGUUUCUACCGAGUCACUUUUACCAUGUGAUAAAUCUGAAACUACCUUGUCAACUAGCAACAAGGUUAAAGGUUGUGAUAUUCUACCUCAUGCCAAAUUUGAUCUCACAUUACCAGGUGAUGGUAUCGUUGAAGCUCAGGGAAAUGUGUCUAAUAAUGCCAUCAGUGGCAAUACUCAUUCCUCUUCUAGUCCUGAUAUUGAUCAUUCCUCUUCUAGUCCUGAUAUUGAUCAUUCCUCUUCUAGUCCUAAUAUUGAUCAUUCCACAUUGUCAUUAUCAAAAACUGAGAGUGAAAAUCAAAGAACUUCAGCUACUUCUGAUAAAGAUGAAAGUGAGAUUAGUGAAAGCUUUGAAAAGAUUAGUCGGAAAGGUAAAAAGAAGAAAAGAGAUGUAGUGAGAGCAAAAUGUUUUCAUAGUAAUUAUCCAGAUAUAAAUAAACACAACACUGACACAGAUCAAACUGAUAAACAAGUUAGCAACAAAUGCAAAAAGACUAAUUUGAGUCAAAUGGAUUCUAAUGCUUGCCAACAAAAUGGUCAUGGACCAUCAAAUCAUGCAGGUGUGUCAUGGAAAUUGAAUGGUGAUUCAGUUAUUCAGCUUGAUGGUCUUCCAGUAGAUUGUGACAUUUCUGUUUUACAAGAUCUUAUUGCUUCUUAUGGAACAGUGAAAGACUUUGAAAAGAAAGAAGGAUCACAGUGUUCAGCUGUUAGGUUCAGAUUAAAUAGCACAGAUGCAUGUGAAAUGGUUGUGUGUUGUCUAGACGAUACAGACAUUUUCCCAGACAUGAGGCAGACUAUUGUCAGUAAAAUACAUGUGAAAUUUGACGAGAAGGAGAUCCGUCUUGGUCCGUUUGAUGCAAAGUUCUUUACUUGUUGUUUUUUUACGGAACUUUUCAUGACAAAAGAUGAUCACACGGACUAUUAUUUAGUUGAUUUGUCUGGAUUAAAUUUCGAAAGUUUUCAGCAUCUUAGACAUAGAAUAAACUAUGGUGUGGCUCUUCCUACUACAAGAAAUCAACUUAUUUCAUUAGUGGAUGUAGCUGCAUAUUUGGGAAUAAUUGAGACAGAUUUUGAACAGUUAUUUCCAGAACUUGAUAUACGUAAAGAUAAUGGACAGGAAUUUGUUCCUUUGUUUCAUCGCCUUUUGUGCAAAGGUUACCAAUCCAUGGCACAAGCAUUGGGAAAGAGAGCAUUGAUACCGACUUUAUUAUUCCAGGAUCCUGCAAUAUCUUACAAUGUUUUCAAAAAGAAAUGCAGGAAUCAGAAAAAUCUCUUAAAAUGGAAAUGCAAAUAUGUAUAUCCUACAUGUCAAUGUCCUACAUGUGAAGUUGAAAAAUUAAAGCAUAUAGAGUACUUCCAGGGAGAUUAGAGAGGGCAUGUGCAAUGGUGUAAUUUGAAUUACAUAAUCACUAAUUACUUUUAAUUAUAAAAUAAAUUAUGAUAGGGCUCACACAAAUUGUUAAAAAGAAGAGGUCUAUUUUUAACCUGGGUCUAAUUCUUAAAUAUUGUUAUCAGAUACAGGAUAAAAACUUCAGUGAAAAUGGAUGGCCUUUCUCCUCAGGAACAUUAGAAAAAACAAAGUGCACAUGAAUUUGGAAAACUAAUUAACCCUAAAAAUAAAUAUGAAUUUUAGCAUAUUUAUCAUCAGACUUAUAUUCCACUACCCUAUUCUUAGGUAGAACAUAAGACAUGGAUUUAGGGCGAUUGUUCUUUAAUCAGUUAUACAUUUGUAAUAGACACAUGUUAAUGAAUCCUCUGUAAGCAUAUAUAAGAAACAAAAUUUAUAUUGUCUGUAUUGUUGAGAAGCUUAUUUAUGAACAUGGUUGAUGCAAGCGUACCAGCUAUGUUCCGUAACCUUGUUUACCUUUUUAAUUUUUUAUUAUUGAACAUUUUUAUUUUAUGUUUUUCAUGUAAUUUAUUUAUGUUUUUAAUAAAAGUUUUUUUUCA